AUGAAAAAAGGAGGGCCUACUGUAAGGACUGUAAAAGCAGUCAGAUUUGCGAGCAUGGAAAACAGAGGGCUUGUUGUAAGGACUGCAAGAAGAGCAAACAGUCGGAAUAAAUACGGUUUCAUUCUGUGGAGUACUAGACCACAACUCGUGUUUGUCCCUAGGGGAAAUUUCAGGAUCAAGCGUAACGGUCAACAGACAAGAAUGUGCAUCAAGUGCCUCGAUGCUAGCAAGGCGUCACGUGAACGCAAUAGGUGUCCGCAUCUAAGGCGGAGGGGUCAGUGCAAAGACUGUAAAGGAAGCCAGAUUUGCAAACAUGAAAGGCGGAGGGCCUAUUGCAAGGAGUGUGGAGAAUGCAAGGGCAGUCAGUAUUGCCACCAUCAAAGGUUGGGAUACCAAUGCAAAGAGUGUAAAGGCAGCCAGAUUUGCGACCAUGGAAAACUGAGAUCCACCUGUCCAAUUCACGAUCCUGCCGGUCAUCUCACCCAUGUUAUACGUAGCCGAACACACAAAGCUUUACAGGGAAAUAAGGAGCUUAGUUCUCGGGAGUAUCUAGGUUGCGAUAUCGCGACGCUGCAGGGCCAUGUCGAAGCUCAGUUUUCUGAAGGGAUGACCUGGGACAACCAUGGAGAGUGA